UCAGGUAACUAAAGAGAAUUCGUUGUUUAUUUUACCUUGUUUCAUUCGACUCGCCAUGGUAAAGCACAACGAAGAAUCGAGGAGUCCUAAGAGGUCUCAUGAUAGAGGCAAGUCUCAUAGACGUCGUGAACAACGUGAUCCUUCCCCACCGCGAAAAACAUCACGAAACGACGCGUAUCACGCAAGGACUGAUAGCUACGAAAGAAGCCGAAAAUCAGAGAGCAGGAGACAUGAUUCACAUUUACCACACACAGAAAGUAAAUGGAGAAAUGACCCUUCAAUUCCAGUUAAAAUAAAAAAAGAACCAAUUAGUGAUGAUGAAAGAAGUUCAAAACACACACAUCCCAAAGAAGGGCCUUCCAGGCACUAUGAUCAACCACCCAGAGAAGAAAGGCCGUCUAGGCCUUUUAAGCAGCCCAGACGGAAGAGCCCCCGAAGUGAAGAUGCUGAAGCAGCAAACUACCAGUACGGACAACAAGUUAAAGAUGAAGCUGAAGAAGAAACACCUGUUGAAAAGCAGAAACCUAAUUUUGGACUAUCAGGAAAAUUAACCGAAGAGAAGAAUGUUUUCAAUGGAAUUGUUGUCAAGUAUAGUGAACCACCUGAAGCCAGAAUUCCCAAGCGCCGAUGGCGCUUUUACGUUUUCAAGGGAGAAGAGGCUUUGCCUACACUGUACCUUCACCGUCAAAGCGCCUACUUGAUUGGCAGAGAUCGGAAAGUUGCUGAUAUUCCAAUCGAUCAUCCCUCUUGCUCGAAGCAGCAUGCCGCUAUCCAGUUUCGAUUGGUGAACUACGACCGUCCAGAUGGAACUGCAGGACGUACUGUCAGGCCAUAUAUUAUUGAUUUAGAAGCAGCAAACGGUACUUUCGUGAAUAAUCAGAAAAUUGAAGCCAAACGCUAUGUAGAGCUAUUUGAGAAGGACGUAGUGAAGUUUGGCUUCAGUUCCCGUGAAUAUGUCCUCCUUCAUGAAGAAAGCAAAACCGAUGCCAGUUUGGACGAUAUGGGAGUGGGGCAGUGACAUCGAUGGCCAACAGUGUUUUGUAUCAUAACAAUUUCCUUUUCCUCCCCCUUAACGCCGCAAUACACACUUUAUGUUACUGCGAAAA